UGUAGAUCUGCGCAGUAAAGCGGACCAAAACGUUCAAAAGGAGCUUCAAAGCUUCAAAGCUCAGUUCAUUUAUUUAUUUUUUGAUCAUUACCAGUUACCAGUAUGCAUCUGCAUACAAUGUCAUGAUACAUGCAUACCAGUGGGAUGGCUAGCUACGACAUUGUAGUACUGGUACAGCUGUUUCUGCGUUUCUGAUUUGCUCCAGAAGCAUGCUAUCUGUGGCCAGAUGGCCAGAUGGAUUGGUAAAAUCCAGGUUUGAUUAUCUAGUCUACGGGUACUAGUAGCCCAGACUGAAUGAGGCCAAACGGCGUCAAAAUUCGCAAUUCCCACCGUUACGACUUCGAAUGAUCAACAUCAGCCUUCCCUGGAUCUGAAGUAAAAGCAAGUAAGUUCAGCAUUAGUUAAUGAGCCCUAAAGAAGGUUCCAGUUGUUGGUUCUGGAGUUGGUCUGGAAGUGGAGUCUAGCUAGCUAGAGUGAAGGAUCCUGGUAUUCAGUGCUGGUUGUUCCAGUUCUUGUUGGAUCAGGCGUAGGCCUGUGGGCCUGAGUGGAAACGAACCAGGAGUCGGCCCAGGAGUUGGUCUAGACGUGGGCCUGGAGAUGAACUGCUGCUUUUUAGUAGGGUAGAAGUAGGUCUUAGUGUUGGACCUGGUGCGUUUCCAGGUUUCGUCCUGACCAGGAGUAGGGAGUGGAGAUGGGCGGGGCAGCCCAGCAGGGGAAAAGCUUGACACCACCCGAUGAGCCCCAGAUCCCAGAUCCAAAGAGUCCUCAACAGCUCCCACAACCCACCCGAUGGAGCAACAGGGAACCAAGCUUUCGGCACUUCCCACAGACCACCAUGUUACCUCGUCAACCGUUCCUUGCCCUUUUGCUGUUGCUGAUGCUGAUAAACCUGGGACAAGCCCUGGUUCAUUACCAGAAAUUGCUUCCACAGCGGCAUGGCAGCAGCAGCCAGAGCAAUCAUCACUGUGGCCUUUACAUGCGAAUGAAUCCAACCUCAUUUGAUGGAUCCAACUUUGUCAUUACAGAAUUCCCUCGCCCAGCGUUGCGGCGUGUCCCCAAUGCUCCUGUUGAAAGGUUUGACAAGGAAUUAGAAAGCCUAGCAGAGGAAAUGAUAUCUGUCAUGUACCAGGCCAAUGGGGUUGGACUGGCAGCACCCCAGGUGGGCCUCAAUGACAUGAUGUUUGUGUAUAACCCCAGCGGUGACCCCGAAGUCAAAGCCAUGGAGCGAGUUGUCUGCAAUCCCAAAAUUGUCGAGUAUAGCACGGAGACAGAGGUGGAGGAAGAAGCAUGCCUCAGUUUUCGGAGUGAUGAUUGUCCUGGUUCUGUCGCUAGAUCUUCGUGGAUUCAAGUAGUGUACCAGAAUGAAUUGGGACAACAGAUUCGAAGACGCCUCAAGGGGUUCGAGGCCAGGGUGUUUCAACACGAAUACGACCAUUUGUUAGGCCUUCUUUGUUGGGAUCGAUUCCCACCCGAAGACAGGGAAGCUGUCAAGGCCAACAUUGACAAGUUGCUGGGCUUGUAUCCAGAGGAGGAUGCAGUCAUUGAUCCACACCCAGAUCAGUUGAAAAUCAUGCAACCACCGCCUUUGACAGCAAGGAGAAUGCCGCCACUAGAAGCAGAAGGAGAGCCAGAAAAGAAAACCGCAGCUCCUAAAGCCAAGACUGGUUUUGGGGCUCCUGGGGGUUUUGGAGGAGGCUCCAAAAGCAAAAGGGCAAAGAAGAAGAAGGCAAAGAAAUAAGAUAGUUCCAUUAAUGCCUAGCUAGCUAGUCACCAGGCGGGUGGCCGGGGAGAUUCUGCCCGGAUAUUACUUUUGU